AUGACUAGACAAUUUGGAGUACCUGUGGAUACGCAUCCCGCGAAACCACCACCAGCGGCCACUUUCAUAGGCCGCACAGUUCGUCUUGAAAAGCUAGACCCUCGACACACCGACGACCUCUGGGAAAGUAUAGGACAGCACACGGAAGUCUGGGCCUACAUCCCCGAUGGGCCUUUCCAAGACAAAGAAUCAUUCAUCCCAUUCAUAGAGCGACUCUCUAAGUCCCCUGAUCCGUAUCUAUACGCCCUCAUCGAUGCGCCAUCCAACAAAACAGUGGGAUUUUUCUCACUGAUGCGCAUCGACCAGAAGAACCGCGUAGUCGAGAUCGGCUACGUUGUUUUCUCGCCAAUGCUGCAGCGUACGACCGCUGCAACAGAGGCGUUCUAUCUUAUCGCGAAGGCUGUCUUUGAGGAUCUGGGAUACCGCCGUUUUGAGUGGAAGUGUGAUAGCCACAAUGAGCCGUCCAAAAAAGCUGCUGCUCGCUUUGGGUUCACGGCUGAGGGUGUCUUUCGUCAGCAUAUGAUGAUUAAGGGCCGGAAUCGGGAUACGGCGUGGUUUUCUAUGCUUGAUUCUGAAUGGCCUGCCGUGCGGGCGUCGUUUGAAAAGUGGUUGGAUGCGGCGAACUUUGUGAAUGGGAAGCAAGUCUCUUCGCUUGCUGCUUUGCGAGGGCAGUAA